AUAAUCUCUUUACCAAAUGGGUUUUCAGGAAGAUGGUUGAAAUCCCUCAUUUCUCAUAAAAAGCCCUCCUCCAAUGACCCUGAGAAGGUUGGGGAUAAGAGUAAGAAGAAGUGGAGGCUGUGGAGAAGCUCUUCAGAAGGUUUUGGAUUUGGGUCCUCCACGAAAAGCAUCAAGAAGGAACGCGAAGCUGCUUCAGAGAAGUCUGAUUCAUCUACGUUUGCGGUGGAUGAUACGCUUGCUUCUGCCAUGGCUACUGUGGCAGUCCGAGCUGCUCCUAAAGAUUUCAUGCUAAUCAAGCAGGAAUGGUCUGCCAUUCGGAUUCAAUCUGUGUUUCGAGGUUUCUUAGCUAGACGAGCUUUGAGGGCAUUGAAGGCAGUGGUGAGGCUGCAAGCAAUAUUCAGAGGAAGGCGAGUGAGAAAGCAAGCAGCUAUAACACUAAGGUGCAUGCAUGCUCUGGUUAAAGUUCAGGCACGUGUGAGGGCAAUGAAUGUAAGGAUGUCUCCAGAAGGGAAGGCUGUUCAGAAAUUAUUAGAUGAUUACCGCAGACAAGCUGAAGAUCCUGUUAAGCAGGCUGAGGAAGGAUGGUGUGACAUUCCAGGAACUGUCGAUGAAGUUAAAGCAAAGAUACAAAUGAAGCAAGAGGCGGUCAUCAAAAGGGAGAGAGAAAUGGCUUAUUCUCUUUCUGCUCAGGCACGAGUGGGUGGGAGUCCAAAAGCAAGAGGCACAAAGACAGUGAACAAGAGCUUGUUAGAGCAAUGGAUGACAGUGAAGCCAUGGGAAGCAGGUUGA